GACCCUCUUGCUAUUCCCCCCCCGUCCUUCUUGGUCUUGCGAUUUUUUUUUUAGCUACUGGGAAUUCGUCGUCGUUUUUCAUCGUCGUCGUCGUCGUUAUCCUUCUUGUCUAUCGGAUUGUGCUUGAAAAGCCCGCAUUCCAUCACAUUUUGUCCCUUAUCGUUCAAGUAAACCCACCACAUACACCUUAUAUCCAUCAUGCCCAAGGCAAAGAGUGACAAACCUGCCGCUGCUACCAAAAAGGCUACAGGCGGCAAGCGUGGAGCCUCUCCCUACAACCAGUUCAUGAAGACGGAGCUGGCCAAGGUCAAGGCAGACAACCCUGGCAUUGCGCACAAGGAAGCUUUCAAGGUUGCUGCAUCACACUGGAAAAACGCCCCCGAGAACCCCAACAGGGUCAAGUAAACAGUGGUUAUCAGGAAUAUGCCGUAGGCCGUUAAUGUGUGUGCUCUAUUUUGUUUUGUUGGAGCAAGUUGCUAGUGUUUUUUUUUUGUAUGGGUUUUUUUCAAAAACCGGAAAUUGUUCAGAAUACAUGCAAAAAGAAGAAGGAUUUCUUUUCGAUUGCAAAGGA